AUGGAUUUGAUAGUACCUACAAGUCACACCCAUGAAGGGUUUUGCUCAUUUCAAUACUUCAAUAUAGACAACAGUAGAAGAAGUAGCUUUGUUGGAGCUAGAAUAAGGGGUAAUGUUGGUUCAAGCAGUAAAGUCCAUGUGGGGUUUAGAAAAAUAAGAAAGAGUCGGGUUUUUGCCGUUUCGGGGGUCGAAACGUUUCGCUGCAAUGGUAAAUUGCAAAAUCUUGAUAAGCCUCUAAAUGGGCAUAUGGGAAAUGGACAUGUUUCUUCGAGUUCGAUUGAGGAAUUUGAGAGCAAUAAUCAACUUCGUAAAUUGGUUAGAAAUGGGGAAUUAGAAGAGGGUUUUAGGUUUCUAGAGAGCAUGGUUUAUCGCGGGGAUAUUCCAGAUAUAAUUGCGUCUACGAGUCUAAUUCGUGGAUUUUGUAAGAUUGGAAAGACUAGGAAGGCAACUCGGAUUAUGGAAAUAAUAGAGGAUUCUGGAGCAGUUCCAGAUGUUAUAACCUAUAAUGUAUUGAUUAGUGGGUAUUGCAAGGCAGGAGAGAUUGAUAAUGCUUUAAAGGUUUUGGAACGGAUGAGUGUAGCCCCAGAUGUCGUUACAUAUAACACAAUAUUGCGUACUCUGUGUGAUAGUGGGAAGUUGAAGCAAGCAAUGGAAGUUCUUGAUAGACAGUUGGAAAAGGAGUGUUAUCCAGAUGUGAUUACAUAUACUAUACUGAUUGAGGCGACUUGUGCAGAAACUGGGGUUGGACAGGCCAUGAAGCUCUUAGACGAGAUGCGAAGUAGGGGAUGCAAACCUGAUGUGGUUACGUAUAAUGUUCUUGUCAAUGGGAUGUGCAAGGAAGGGAGAUUGGACGAAGCUAUCAAGUUCUUAAACAGCAUGCCAUCAUAUGGAUGCCAACCUAACGUCAUUACUCAUAAUAUUAUUUUGCGUAGCAUGUGUAGCACUGGCAGGUGGAUGGAUGCAGAGAAAUUAUUGACUGAAAUGGUUCGUAAAGGUUGUUCUCCUAGUGUCGUUACUUUCAACAUCUUGAUUAAUUUCUUGUGCCGUAAAGGUUUACUAGGCCGAGCAAUUGAUGUACUGGAGAAGAUGCCAAAGCAUGGAUGCACUCCAAAUUCCUUAAGCUACAAUCCGUUGCUCCAUGGCUUUUGCAAAGAAAAGAAGAUGGACCGGGCAAUUCAGUAUUUGGAGAUAAUGGUGUCUAGAGGUUGUUAUCCUGAUAUUGUGACCUACAAUACUAUGCUCACAGCCUUAUGCAAAGAUGGGAAGGUUGAUGCUGCAGUUGAGCUACUCAAUCAGCUGAGUAGCAAAGGGUGCUCGCCUGUUUUAAUCACCUACAAUACUGUGAUUGAUGGGCUCUCAAAGGUGGGAAAAACAGAUCAAGCUGUAGAACUGCUUCAUGAGAUGCGUGGAAAGGGGCUGAAGCCUGACGUUAUCACCUAUUCUUCACUUAUUGCUGGGCUUAGUAGAGAAGGAAAGGUUGAAGAAGCAAUUAAGUUUUUUCAUGAUGUGGAAGGAUUUGGGGUCAAACCCAAUGCUUUCACCUACAACUCUAUCAUGUUUGGACUUUGUAAGGCUCAACAGACUGAUCGUGCAAUUGACUUCCUGGCUUAUAUGAUAUCCAAGGGAUGUAAACCCACUGAAGUUUCAUACACCAUUCUCAUUGAAGGCAUAGCUAAUGAAGGUUUAGCUAAGGAGGCUUUGGAGUUGUUAAACGAGCUGUGCUCGAGAGGAGUUGUCAAGAAAAGCUCGGCAGAACAGGUGGUUGUCAGGCUGUAG